AUGGCCAAGCGACCUGCGGGAGAAUCUCUGGAAGCGUCUGUCACUGAUUCGCCGGCAUCGAAGAAAGCGCGCGUGCAAGAUGCGCCAGACCGAGACCUACCUCCUCCUCCUCCAGCGCAAUCGACAUUAGUCCACAGAAAUGGGAAUGGGAACAGAGCGCCAGCGCUAGCGCAUGAAGAGGCGAUCCAUGAGCAAGAAUUAGAAGAUGAGGACGACGACGAGGACUAUGCAGCGACCACGAGGCAGAAGGCGCCGGCAGAUGGCUACUCCGAUCUAUACCUGGACACGAUAUCGCGAACUCGGCUCGACUUCGACUUUGAGAAGCUCUGCUCGGUGACACUUUCGAACAUCAACGUCUACGCAUGUCUUGUGUGCGGAAAAUACUACACAGGGAGAGGGCCAAAGACCCCGGCAUAUUUCCACGCGCUCGAAGACAACCACCAUGUCUACAUCAAUAUGUCGACCAAGAAAGUCUUUGUGCUGCCGGAGGGCUACGAGGUGAAAAACAAGAGCUUAGAGGACAUCAAAUACGUCGUGGAUCCACGAUUCACUCUGGAGGAGGUCAAGGCAAUGGACAAGGUGCCAAAGCCGUCGUGGGAUCUGCUCGGAAGGAAGUACAUACCCGGCUUCGUGGGCCUGAAUAACAUCAAGGCGAACGACUACUUGAACGUCGUGGUGCAGGCGCUGUCACAUGUCGCGCCUCUUCGGAACUUCUUGAUCCUCGAGGAUCUCUCCUCAAGGCCGGAACUUGUCAAGCGCUUCAGUACUAUGGUGCGCAAGAUCUGGAAUCCAAAGGCCUUCAAAUCACAUGUCUCUCCUCACGAGCUCAUCCAAGAAGUCAGUCUACGCAGUGGGAAGAAGUUUCUGCUGACCGAACAAGCCGACCCGGUCGAUUUCUUGAGCUGGUUCUUGAACAAUCUGCAUCUGUCCCUCGGCGGCAGCAAGACCAAGCCACGCAGCUCGCUCAUUCAGAAAAUCUUUCAAGGUUCUUUGAGAAUUGAAUCGCAGGCGAUCUCCGCGCGUGCAGAUGCUGGGGACAGAUUGCGGUUCGAGGACGCCGACAUCAAGUCGCAGACAACGCCCUUCAUGAUCUUGACAUUGGACUUGCCUCCGGCUCCGCUAUUCCAGGACGACGUGGAGAAGAACAUCAUCCCGCAAGUGCCUCUUACCACAGUACUGCAAAAGUACAACGGUAUUACUGGCCAGGAACGGAUGAACACCCGGAUGCGCUACCGUCUGCAACACCCGCUACCGCCAUUCCUCAUUAUGCACAUAAAGCGCUUCCAGCCAAACAAGUUCCUGCAAUCACAACGAAAUCCCACCAUUGUCACCUUCAACCCGCGAGCGCUUGAUAUGUCGCCAUACGUGGAGCCCAAUCCCCAGCUCCACGCUACGGGCGAGCCGAUCGUGUACGACCUCGUCGCCAACAUCACCUAUGAAGGUGUCAAGGUCCGGGAUGAUUCAGUGGAAGGUGAGGCGGAACGAAAGAUCUGGAAGGCGCAAGUAAAGGGAAAGAAGCAGGUCAAAGAAGGAGAUAUCCAAGACCAGUGGUGGGAGAUGCAGGAUCUGUUUGUGGAGGAGGUCAAUGCUGACUUGCUCGCGACGAAGGAGAGCUAUGUGAUGGUUUGGGAGAGGCGGAAGGCAGGUGGAAAAGCGAAGGCCUAA